ACUCCCCUGGACCCAGCUGUGUCUCCAUGAAGAGUGACAUCUCUAUGGACUAUCCUCAUAACUUUAAAGAUGGAAAUCAGUCUAUUGAGAAGAGAAGAGUGCAGCAGGAGAGAGCAGACUCCCCUGGACCCAGCUGUGUCUCCAUGAAGAGUGACUGGUCUAUGGAUAAUCCUCGGAACUUUAAAGAUGGAAAUCAGUCUAUUGAGAAGAGAAGAGUGCUGCAGGAGAGAACAGACUCCCCUGGACCCAGCUGUGUCUCCAUGAAGAGUGACAUCUCUAUGGACUAUCCUCAUAACUUUAAAGAUGGAAAUCAGUCUAUUGAGAAGAGGCGAUCCCAGGAGAGGUCAAAGGUUUCCAGUGCUCAAUCUGUACUGCAGAAUCAAACAGAGUUGAUCAAGAGGGCUGAGGAGAACGCACAUACUUUUCUAGACAAGGAGCUGAAGAAGCUCUGGAGGGAUCUCUUCUCUGAUUACCCACAAUGCUCAGAGAGUCGGAGGGAAGAGGAGGAGGAGGAUGGUAAGAAUGAGGAGCAGAGGAGGCGCGCCAUAGAGGGAGUGGUAGACAUCACAAAGCUCUGCCUGAUGGAGAUGAACCAGGAGGAACUGGCCGACAUGCUGUGGAGUGGAGCUGUUGCUGCCCAGUACCAACAUAAACUCAAGUCUCAUCUGAAGAAGAAGUUCCAGUGUGUGCUUGAGGGAAUCGCAAAAGCAGGAGAGCAAAGACCUCUGAAUGAGAUCUACACAGAGCUCUUGAUCACAGAGAGAGGCAGUGGAGAGGUCAACAAGGAACAUGAGGUCAGACUGAUUGAAAAGGCUUCCAGGAAGCCAGCCUAUGAGGAAACACCAAUUAGAUGUGAAGACAUAUUUAAACCCUUACCUGGACAAGAUAAACCAAUCAGAACAAUAAUGACAACCGGAGUGGCUGGCAUUGGUAAAACCGUCUUAACACACAAGUUCACUCUGGACUGGGCUGAAGGCAAAGCCAACCGAGACAUAGACUUCACAUUUCUCCUCACUUUCAGAGAGCUGAAUUUACUGAAAGGGAAAGAGUUUAGCUUAGUGGAACUUCUGCAUCAGUUUUCUGUUGAAACCAAAGAAUCAGGAAUCUACAGAUACGACCAUGACCAAGUAGUCUUCAUCUUGGAUGGUCUGGAUGAGUGUCGACUUACUCUGGACUUCCAGAACAACCCGAUCUGGACUGAUAUCACAGAGCCGACCUCAGUCGACGUGCUGCUGACAAACAUCAUCAGGGGAGUCCUGCUUCCCUCUGCUCACAUCUGGAUAACCACACGCCCUGCGGCAGCCAAUCAGAUCCCUGCUGAGUGUGUUGACAUGGUGACAGAGGUGAGAGGGUUCAAUGACGCACAGAAGGAGGAGUACUUCAGGAAGAGAUUCAGAGAGGGGACACUGGCAAGCAAUAUCAUCUCUCACAUCAAGAAAUCUCGAAGCCUCCACAUCAUGUGUCACAUCCCAGUCUUCUGUUGGAUCACUGCUACAGUUCUGGAGGACUUCUUCAAAACAUCCCAGAGAGGAGAAGAGGUGCCCAGGACCGUGACUCAGAUGUACAGCCACUUCCUGAGGGUUCAGUCCAUACAGGGGGACAGGAAGUAUCAUGGGAGAACUAAAACUGAUCCACACUGGAGUUCGGAGAGCAGGGAGAUCAUUGUUUCUCUGGGGAAACUGGCUUUUAACCAGCUGGAGAAAGGUCAGCUGAUUUUCUACGAGGCAGACUUGGCAGAGUGUGGCAUCGAUAUCAGAGCAGCCUCGGUGUACUCAGGAGUGUUCACCCAGAUCUUUAAAGAGGAGUGUGGGCUGUACCAGGAUAGGGUGUUCUGCUUUGUCCAUCUGAGCAUCCAGGAGUUUCUGGCUGCCCUUUAUGUCUUUCUGUGCUACAUCAACACUGGUGUCAAUCUGAUCUCAGAAGAACAGCCAACCUCCAGGGAAGAGGAACUCCUCCUCUACAAGAGUGCUGUGAACAAGACCUUACAGAGUGAGAACGGACACCUGGACUUGUUUCUCCGCUUCCUCCUGGGCCUCUCUCUAGAGACCAAUCAGAUGCUGCUACAAGGUCUUCUGGGACCAGGAGCAAAUACAUUACUGGGCAAUCAAAUUAAAAAAGUCCUGCCGGGACUGACAGGAAGAGGGUCACGGAGCAAUACCCAAAUCGUCCAUUACAUCAAGCAGAAGAUAGGUGGAGAUCUCUCUCAAGAGGGAAGCAUCAAUCUGUUCCACUGUCUGAAUGAGCUGAACGACCGUUCUCUAGUGGAGGAGAUCCAACAGUACCUGACAUUAGGAAGUAUCUCCAGAGAAUCUCUCUCCUCUGCUCAGUGGUCAGCUCUGGUCUUCAUCGUACUGACAUCAGAAGAGGAGCUGGACGUGUUUUACCUGAAGAAAUACUCUGCUUUUGACGAGGCUCUACUGGGGCUGCUGCCAUUGGUCAAAGCCUCCAAAACAUCUCUGUAGGUUCACUCAUAACAUGUAUUACAAUACGCACAACAAAAUAUACAUAAUACUAGACUAUUAAAGUUCAAAUAACCUCUAAAACGUAUCUGUAGGCACACUUAUAUUAUGUUUUACGAUACACACAAAACAAUAUACAUACUAAUAUAAAAGUAAUAUUAUGAUGACAAAACAACUGUUAAAAGGGUGCCAAGCACAAAGUGCGACGGCAACCUAUUGUAAUUCAUAGUUUCAUUAUUAUUAUUAUUCCGCCAUGUUUUACUUACACAGCCUAAACCACUCGCACGCUUUUUAUGAAACUUACUUUGGCUUUAGAGGCUGACUCAAGUUUGAAAGAGAGCAAAUAAUACACUGAUUGGCCUAAAGGUGGCGCCAUAGCAACAGUCCAAAAAUGCAAACUUUGAACAAACAUAUCUCAUAACCGCUUCGACGAAAAGUCAUGAAACUUUGUUAACACAAGCAUAUCCCCAUGCAGAACAAAUAUAACUCAAGAACCUAUGACUUUAUUUUGAUACAUUUAUGAAUAUCUUGAACUUUGUUAAAAACACUCAGUUCCCUAAGGAUCCUAGGUUUUUAGACAUAGACAAACCUUUAGCCCAGCAGUUUUGAACAGGUGAGGCGCGCAUCCCCUGGGGGGCGCCAAAGAGCCACAGGGGAGGCGAGACACGCAACACGCAAAGCAAAAAUACACAUCUGUAUGAAGCUCUAUUGAUUGUCCCAAAUCACCAGAAGUCAGCAUUAAGGGAGGAGACGGGACCCAGCAAAAAUCGUAGGAAAUAUGAUCCUGAAUGCGUUUCUGGUUUUCUGUGGAGAGCGAGUUCCCCCAGAUCUCCACAAAGGCUAUGAAAGUCCUAAUCCCCUUCACCUCCACCUAUUUAUGUGAGUGUGGGUUUCCCGCACUGACCCUUAUUAAAAACAAAUAUAGAUCAGGCUGCAGGUGGUGGGACAUAUUGUAAGUUGUUUAAAUCUGAGGAUUUAUGUGGCUGAAAUCGUUAACAAAUUUGAUGAAAAUAUGUGAUUCUGUUCGAUCUCAUAACAUUCCGUUGUCGUUCAUUGAUCAGAGAGCUGUCCAUUGUGCUGAUUUUUUUCGAUCCAUCUCCUUCAAAAGUGCCCUUAAGGCCCAGACACACAGCGCCGAUUUCAGCCGUCGGGUGUCGUCGGUAGCUUUGUUUUAUUGACUUGUGGAUAGGCCUACUGUUGAUUGAUAAAAGUAGCCUCAUUUAGGCCUGCAUGAAGUUGGAAAUUAUUUGCUUUUGCAAAGAAUCGUUUAUGAAUGCACUUUUAAAAAAGUUGUGGCAAUAAAAUUUCUUCAAAUACAAUACCUAUUAAAAAAUAUUUACCUUUGAUUAGUUAUUGAAAGUCAUCAUUGCCUGGAACACACAAAAGAUGGCAAUAACUGAAGAGGCGUGUGUUA